AUGAGCCACACACCGGUUGCCCGUAUUCUAGCGCCCCGCACUGGCAACGAUCUCCCUGCUGCAGCCGCAUUCCCCCUUCCCCCUCCACGCUUCUUGCUUCCCACAGCGGCAGCAACACCCACACACAGUGGCCGGCGCUCCUUCUCAUGUCAUUGCCUGUACGUGUAUGCGCAUUUUACGUACGUGAGUGUCACGCCUCGAUUUUUCUUUCACCUUAUACCACGCCUUCCGUUGUUUUCUCUCUUCCCCACUCCUGCUGUUGGGCUCUACUUCCCCAGGCCCCCUCUCAUUUUCCCCGUUCCCUCCGUCUGCCAGCGGUUCUGCGUCCCCCCUCGCUCCCCAGCCCCACUGCCCACCGCCGCCGCUGCUGCUGCUGCACACAUCAUGGAAGACGGUAAUAAUAAUGGUGGCGGCAGCAGCAGCAGCGACGCGUGGAAGAGGGGUGAGGGAGGAGGACAAUUGGCGGAAAAAAACGCUUAG